CAGGCUCCCGACGGACUCCCGAAAAAAGGCAGCUUUUGUUCCUCUAUUUUCAAAUACACGCAAAUUCGACCGUUUGAAACCACUCCACCAGUGGCAACUUGCAACGGUCCAAUCUCUCGUUUUCACGCUCUGCUCGCUGAAAACGCCAUAGUCUCCGAUCUCCUUCUUCUUCUUUUUCUUCUUCUCCUUCGUUCUUGUAAUAAAGUUCUAGAUGGGUACUACAAAACGGUUUCAAGUCGAUAACUUAUUUGACAGUCUGCUAAAAUUGCUCAAGAACCAGCAAGAACAGCUUAAAACUCUCGUCCAAGAGAGGAAAUUCCUUGAAGAUCGCAUCAAGGCACAACAUAAGCAAUGGCUUUCUGACAUUCGUCUCUACGAAGAUCAUAUCACUCAGAUGAAGGAAGCUUUGGUAGAGAAAGACAUGACUUGUUUGCUUGAGGCCUCGAAAUCUGAUUUGAUGAUUGGAUUAAAGCACAGAGAGGCUUCUUUUCACAAAUUGAAAUUAGAGCAAACCGAAGAUGACUUGGCAGAUUUCAAAGCAUGUUUUGACUACCUCUCUCAUAUCCUCGAAAAAAAUUCCAAGGAAACUGACAAUGGACAGGAAGAAGGCAGACAUGGUGAUUUAAAAUCUGCUGGUUCUAAAAGGUUGGAUAAUGAAGUAAAAAGGUUAAAGUUUGAAUAUGAGAAGCUUGCUUCUGAAAAGAAUUCUGAGAUAUCUGCACUGUUGAAAGAGAAAAGUUUUGUAUGGAAUCAGUAUAAUGUUUUAGAGAGCAAUCUCACAGAUAAAUUGAAGAAUAGCCAAGUUGAGAUUGACCAGGCAAAUGAGAAGAUUGCAAAAGUUCUUGCUAGUGUGGAGCUGCUUCACUCUUCUAACAGCGAGAAGGAUGAAAUGAUUGGAAGCCUGAAAGUUAAAUUGGCUGAGGUGGAGGCUGACAGAAAUAAAUGGAGGGAAAAAAGUUCCCAACUGUCCCAGGAGUUGGACUCAUUGAGAAAGUCCAAAAGUGCUCAAGUUGUAUCUGCACCGAAAAAUGGCAGCACAAGAGCUAAAGCUUUGAGUCAGGGAGUCAAAAGCAGUGGCAGGAAAGGAAGUAAUAAUAUUGUGGUGAAGAAAGAAUUGUCUCCUGGAAAAGCUGGUCAUUCCUUGAAGGAUAUUGCAAAGGGUAGCAGAAGUUUGAAGAGAAAAGCGGAUGAAGCUGUUAUCAUUCUAGAGACUCCAAGGUUGUUCUCCUCUGCCUUCAAAAUUCCGAAGUUAAAACAGGGCACCUUAUCAACUCCUGUCUUAUGAAGUCCAUAGCACACCGUUUUUUAACCAUUUAGUUAAAAACAGGGUAGCUUCUUCAGUAUAAUUGUUUAUUGAGCUUCUCUAGUAGCUCUUUAUUUUGCACUUUGCAUUUGUUGUAAAGUAUGUAAUUGCCUAACCUUGGAGCAAGUAUUCUUUCAUUUAAUCUUAUUAGGCAGUUAUGCUGUGGGGAUUUGUCAA